AUGUCCGUCUCUGUUGUGCCUACUGCAAGUAUGUCGCCUUUCCAUUCUAACAAAUCAAUCUCUUUUGCCGCAAAUGAAAUCUUCAAUCAUUCAAUAAUACAGGAGGACAAUGUGAAUGUUGUGGAAGGUAACACGGAAGGAGGAGAUAGUUUGACUACGCUUGAGGUUAGCGUGAAGUUCAAAGAUGAAAAAGAAGUAUAUGAGUUUUAUGCGAGAUAUGCUUAUGCCGUGGGUUUUCUGAUUAGGAAAAGGACUUCAUCGAGGGAUGAUGCUGGGAAACUUAACACUGUCCACCUCGAACACAACCAUGAGACAAGUCCUACUAAGUCGAGGUUAUAUCGGUACAACCGAGUGUUGAGUGCCCAUUUGAAAUGGAGGCUUGAAGUGAAUGACAUAGCAAGAAUACCGUUGCAUAAAAGUUUUAACUCUGCAGUCAUUGAAGCAGGUGGUUACGAGAAUAUGACGUGUGUUGAAAAGGAUUGCCGUAACUACAUUAAACAAGUGAGACGACUUAGACUUGGUGAGGGUGAUGCAGCUGCAAUACAGUCUUACUUUUCUGAAAUGCAAGCACAAUGCUCGGGAUUUUUCUUUAGUAUUGACUUGGAUGAUGAUUCACGGACAUGGCUUAAGUGCAUGGGUGGGAAAGCUCCGCAUGAAAUAAUUACAGAUCAAGAUAGAGUUAUGCAAAAUGCAAUUGAAAUAAUUUUCCCAAAUACAAAACAUAGGUGGUGUUUGUGGCAUAUUUUGAAGAAGUUGCCAGAAAAAUUUGGAUACCACGUGGAUAAAGCUUCGAUAUUUUCAACUAUACAUGUACUGGUUUAUGAUUCACAGUCUAUUGAAGAAUUUGAGGAAAGUUGGAGAGAUAUGAUCAAAAUGUAUAAGUUGCAUGAUAACGUUUGGUUGUCCGAAUUGUACGAGAACAGAGUUCGUUGGGUGCCCUAUUUCCCGAGAACAACCUUUUGCGCUAGUAUGUUAACGACACAAAGAAGUAAAAGUAUGAAUGCCUUCUUCGAUGGUUAUGUACAUGCAAAGACAUCAUUGAAACAGUUUGUCGAGCAGUACGAACGAGCACUACGGAAUAAGGUUAAAAAUGAGUUUAUUGCUGAUUUUAAGUCAUUCUCUUAA